UGACGUAACUUGAAAGCGACUCACAAAAGUGGGAGAUUCGAAGUGGCUGCAGCAUAACAAAGCGGAUUUGAACUUUAAUUGUGUCCAGCGGCCUCAUCUGAUGCACUGACACACAGUAUUGGAGACUUGUACUACCCCUACUCAUGGCCACCCCGAGCAAGACGCCACCCGGCGCCGAUCCAAAGCAGCUGGAGCGAACUGGGACGGUCCGGGAGAUCGGUUCCCAGGCGGUGUGGUCCCUCUCCUCCUGUAAACCCGGUUUCGGAGUAGAUCAGCUGAGGGACGAUAACCUGGAGACGUACUGGCAGUCAGACGGAUCCCAGCCCCAUCUAGUCAACAUCCAGUUCAGGAGGAGGACGACCGUGAAGAUGCUGUGUAUUUACGCUGACUAUAAAUCAGACGAGAGCUACACGCCCAGCAAGAUCUCCGUCAGAGUGGGAAACAACUUCCACAAUUUGCAGGAGAUCCGGCAGUUGGAGAUGGUGGAGCCCAGCGGUUGGAUUCACAUCUCUCUGAUGAAUCAGCGGACCAACGAGCCAAUCAGCACCUUCAUGAUCCAGAUCGCGGUGCUGGCCAACCACCAGAACGGCCGGGACACGCACAUGCGGCAGAUCAAAGUCUACACGCCCGUGGAGGAGAGCUCCAUCGGGAAGUUCCCACGAUGCACCACGGUCGACUUCAUGAUGUACCGCACCAUCAGGUGAUCUGGACCGCAGCGCGGCGUCCCGCGGGCUCCGGGAACGCUCGCCAAUAAAACGCCAACACACGGACUACGGAGCCGGAGCUCAGACAACCUCGCCCUAAAAACACCCAAACUGUCCCUUUAAGGGAGUUUAAAAUAAAGUAAUGUUUGUUUGUUUGUGUUUUUUUUUUAAAUAAAGUUGCCAAUAUUGAAUAUAACCAUAUUUAAAGACGUUAAAAUGGGACAGCGUACGUUAAUAUGUUGUGACAGUUGUUG